UCCUCAGGUCUGGCGUAGGCAGUGUCAGUCGUUGGCUGCGGGAGGGCGGCGGUGAUGACGGCCGGGCGUGACGGGUCCGCCGCGGCAGCACCUCCUCCUUCUCCUCCUGCCGCCGCCGCCGCCGCCGCCGCUGCCACCGCCACCAAGGCCUCGUCAGACUCAUCAUGAGAGGAGACAUAACCCUCAAACAAAUAAAUCUGGAUCAGAGUAAAAGCAGUCCAAGGCCAUGCAAGCCAGCUGUAAUCACCUUCACAAUCUGCCAGGAACUGGAGGCAGUGAGACUGCCCAUACUGUAAGAAUGACUGGUGAAGGUUCUUGCCAUCAUCCUGGAGACAUUCACAUACAGAUAAGCUCUGUACCUGGAGAGUGUGGUGAAAGUCCAAGCCCUAGAAACUUAAGAUCUGGUUCCCAAAGCAAUACUCAGGGCUGCAUACAUAGUCGAUUAAGGAGUCAUUCACACAAUGAAGCAAGGCAACCUGAUGACAGUACCAUGGAGCCAGGAGAAAAUGGCAGCAGCUCUAUCUCUGAGUUUCGCUAUCUCUUCCAUUGGUUGCAGAAAAGUCUUCCAUAUAUUUUGAUUUUGUGUGUCAAACUUGUAAUGCAGCAUAUAACAGGCAUUUCUCUUGGAAUUGGGCUGCUAACAACUUUUAUGUAUGCAAACAAAAGCAUUGUAAAUCAGGUUUUUCUAAGAGAAAGGUGCUCAAAGGUACAGUGCGCUUGUUUACUGGUAUUCUUAGCAGGAUCUUCCGUUCUUUUGUAUUAUACCUUUCGGUCUCAAUCACUUUAUUACAGCUUAAUCUUUUUAAAUCCUACUUUGGAUUUUUUGAGCUUCUGGGAGGUACUCUGGAUUGUGGGGAUUACAGACUUCAUCCUUAAAUUCCUCUUCAUGGGCUUCAAAUGCCUUAUUUUGUUGGUGCCUUCUUUUGUGAUGUCUUUUAAAUCCAAGGGCUAUUGGUAUAUGCUCAUAGAAGAAUUAUGCCAGUAUUAUCGAACUUUUGUUCCUAUUCCAGUUUGGUUUCGUUACCUUGUUAGCUAUGGGGAGUUAGGAGGCAGUGUAACAGGAUGGAGUCUUGGGAUUCUGCUGGGUCUACUCUACCUCAUUCUGAAACUUCUAGACUUUUGGGGGCAUCUGAGGACUUUCAGGCGGGCUUUACGAAUAUUUUUAACACGACCAAGUUAUGGGGUCACAGCCUCCAAGAGACAGUGUUCAGAAGCUGAUGAUCUUUGUUCUAUCUGUCAGGCUGAAUUCCAGAAGCCUAUCCUUCUCAUCUGUCAGCAUAUAUUUUGUGAAGAGUGUAUCACGUUAUGGUUUAAUAGAGAGAAAACAUGUCCACUUUGCAGAACUGUUAUUUCAGACCAUGUAAACAAAUGGAAAGAUGGAGCCACUUCAUCACAUCUUCAGAUUUAUUAAAUCUUGUCAACUACUACUUGGUGUUUAUAGGAUGCUGGUUUUCAUUUGAUGUUUGACUUAAUGUGGGUACUGCUAUAACUGAAUUUUAAAUGGCUUUCCAGUGUUUUUAGUUCAGAACUAACCAUAAGCAUCCAAAUCAGACAUUUUAGACUAUUAGAAACAAGUUAAAGAAAAUUCUGUCUACAGACAUGAAAUUAAGAAUUAAAUGGGUAAAAAGCAACCCUGUGUUAUUUUGACUUUUCUUCUAAUUCAGUAUUGUUCAAAUAACUUUUCUCUGUGUAUUUAAAGAUGUGUGUAAUGAUAAAUUGUUUAGACAUUCUUAGUAUGUAGUUGGACAACUAGUAGUAGUUUAUGUUGAGGAACUCAGGCAUUGUUUCCUACUAGAAGCAAAAUCUUAUUUUUUCAUGGUUUUAAGGUACAUGUAUAUUAAAUAAUUCUAGCUUUUUAGAGAGCAUUGACUUUUAUAAACCCAAUUCUGAAUUAUUCCUAGAAUUCUUACAGCACCAUAAGGCAAAGGCAUUUCAAUGUAUUUUUCCUGUGUUGACUUUUAAGAAUAAUAGGAAUAAUUCCUAUAAAAUUUUAUAAAAUUUGUAUUUUUAACAUGUAAAAUUCUAAAUACUAUAUUUUGUCUAAAUCAGAUUUUCCAAUUAAAAGGAACUGACAUGGGAAGAUAUAUUUUAACUGUAUUGUUAACUGUCAUUUUGACUAGCAAUCAGUGAGAAUAAACAAAAUUUAAAAAUUUUUGGUGGACCUUACAUAAGCAUGUUGCUGUCAACUUAAAUGUUUAUUAUUUUACUUUUAUCUAGUGCUAUUGACCGUCUUACACAGUUACAAUAUAAUUUGUUGGUUGUGAAGGAUUUUUACUCAAAGAUCACAUUCCAUCAACUUAACCUGAAUCUAAAGGGAUUCUUCAUUACAUAUUUACAUUGUCACAAAAUUAUUUAGUUUAUUUUAAUCUUCUAGCCAUUUUUCUUUUUUAUAGCACUAACCCUGUACAGAUUCACUUUGGGGCUACUGUGCCCUUGAAAAAUCAGGCAUUCUUACGUUAGUAGUUACUAUACAAUUUCAACUUUGGGUUAUUUAUAACUUAUGUUUUAGUUACACAAAGGCUGAUAAUUCCUUUCACUUAACUUGUUCGGUAUAUCAAAGGAUAUACUCCCUGAAGAGGAUAUAUUCCCUGAAGAAAUGGCAUUGAAGUGUUAUCAAAUAAGUCAGAUUUACAUAAAUGUAAAAAUUGUCAUCUUAAUUUUCAAUUAGUGGGAUAAUUCUCAGAGUCGGUUGUAUUUUCAUUAUUCUUGGAAGAAAACAAAGAACCUAUUAGAGAAGUUUCAUGCAGAACAGACUUGUCUGAAAGGUUAACUUUUGUUAUCAAAUUAUUUUCCCUUUGGUUUAAGCUUCAUAAAAAUCAGAAGAAUUUUCUAUUUUGUUGCUAUAGAUUCAUGAGUUUUUAUGAUUUUUCUGUAAAAGCAGCACAUCAUAUUGCAUCGAUGUAUUUCAAAGGAUAGAUUUCUACUUUAUUUUAAGUCAAUUUUUCUGUAAAUUCUUUAGUUUAAAAGCUUGUUAGGAAAUGGGAUUAAAUCUUCCCCUGAAAUUGUGUACUCGUUACUAUUUAAUUAGAGUUUGCACCCAUGGUGUCUCUUAAAUUGUAGUAUGCCUUACUGGGCAGAGGAGCUUCCUUCUCCCUACAAUUCCCCCUAGGAGUUUACUACAAGCUGGUAGGUGGUAGUCUCUGUCCUACUGGCUAAAGCUUUAGAGCUACCACUUUUUAAGAGCCAGUAUUCUUCUGCAUACUCCCGUCUGCCCCACUGAUUAAAAAUUGCUAAUUAAGAUUAGAUUGGGCUGAUGAAAGUACAUCAACUAAAUUAUAAGUUCUUCGGGGAAGGGGGAGCAGGGACAGGCAAUCGGGGGGGUUAAGUGACUUGCCUAGGGUCACACAGCUAAUAAAUGUCUGAGGCCUCAUUUGAAUUCAGGUCCUCCUGACACUUAAGAUGAGUGCUCUAUCCACUUCACCACCUAGCUGCCCCCUAGAUCGCAGGUUCUUAGCCUGGGAUCCAUGAGCACGUUUUGAAAAGUAUUCUGAUAACUGUCUUUCAAUAUUAUCAGUUUGCUUUGUAAUCCUAGUAUUUUAUGCAUUUAAAAACAUUAUUAUGAGGAGGGGUCCAGAAGGGCCUGUGAUGCUAAAAUGGUUAAGAAGCCCUGGGAUGGAUUGUAUUGAUGGAUUACUUACAGGUAGGAGAUAUACAUCAAUAGUUGAAAAGUUUAUACUAUUGUUAUUCUAAUUCUCAAUUUCUGCCUGAAAUGCCCUCUUCCCUUGUCAGAUUACUACUUAUACCUCAAAUAAUGCCUUACCUUAGCACCACUACUGCCCUCUUCCUUCAGCAAUUAUUGUCCCCUUUGAAAUACACAGUUUGUGCUACCUUGUAUAUUGUUUUGUUAUAUAGUUAUUUGUGUCUCAGCCCAUUCCUAGACUGUAAGCUCUUUGAGGGCAGGGACUGUGCCUUAUCUAAACUGCUUGGAAUGUAGUAGCUCAGUGCUAUUACACAGGUGACUAAUAAAUGUUUGAAUCUGAA